GUGUUUUCUGUUUCUUCUGAGUGCUGAUUAUUUACUUCAGCGCAAUAAAUUGCACUUUUGGGAUCGCAAUGCUCUAGAAUUUUUGGGUUUCCUAUUUUGGAAAUUGUACCCGAUUUCCUCGCUAGGAUGUCUGUUUUGAACAUUUCCUAUAUUUUUCUUUCUGAAGUUACUGUUCUGUUGAGCCUGAGAUCUCCAGUUAAUAUUGCUUUCCUGAGGUUGAGACCUCCAGCUGCUGUUAUUUGAACGAUGCUCGUCCUUUAUCGGAUUAUUAUUCUGAGGUUGGUAAAAGCUAUUCUAUUGGUUGUCCUGACUAAUCUGCUUGUUAUCAAAAUCCAUUUCUUGCAAUUUUUAUUUAUAUUGUCGAUAUAGACAAUAAUUUCAGAGUCUAAGGUAGGAAUCAUACCUGACAGAGCUAUUGCCUGAUGCAUCUCGUUUGUUAACCAUUUUCCAAAAGCUUUCAUUGCCAUCCUAUUUGUUUUUCGGCUAGCCAGCUCUGGGAGGACAUUUUCAUUUAGAAUGUACCUGGUUUACCUUCAACGGCAAGAAGAGAAAAUGCAUGCACAAACAGCGUUAUUCCAGGACAAAUUCAAACUCUCAUGAUUCGUAAUAAUUUGCUCAAGGUACAAAGUGUACCACCAACGGCAUUAAAUAAACUUUCUCAACAUACAACUAUUUCGGCUGGGUCGGUAGGCGCCAGCGGUGCAGGAAGUUUAGUUAAAACAUCCAUUACAACAAUAACAGCCUGUGCGGGAAGAUGCACUACAGCUCAACCAAGGCAACAGCAACAAACGCAGGAAGCUCAGACGCAGUAUCCUCAGCAAACUACACAGAAACAACAGCAAAGUAAACAGCAUGGCUCUGCUGGAAGCGCCAUUUUUUUCACACCAAAUGUAGCUGCUAAUAACAAACCAUUAAGUGCGAUGAGUAUGGAAGAUAAAUCAUUUGUCAAAAUACAAUCCUCAAAUACUGAAAUAAGUAAUAACGCCGAUGGAGGAUCGCAAAAGGUGCAAUCGCAGCGUAUAGUUCUAUCCCAACCGACGAUAGCAUCAGAUCUAAAUGUAGCUGGCAAUACCUUGAAUUUUAAGCGUCUCAAGGUUAUACCAAUCAGUAAACAAUCUAAACAAUAAUUAAUUCCUGCAAACGAUGUUGAUUUUUCAAGUAUGUCUGCUAAGAUUUAUGAGAAAAAAUAGAUGUUUUAUUAUAGACAUAUUAAUAAAACACACAAAAGUGUAUUUUAUUAUUCAAAUAAAAAAAAUGAUUUUUUGGGAUUUUCUUUGU